GAAAGACAUUCUUUAUAUCCCACUGUCUAUUUCUCAGUCUUAACUAUCAGUCUAUGUGAAGUGAAGUAGUUGUAUUUUUACUCACGUUUGUCUCCUCACCAAAGCUACAGAACAAUGGAAAAGGCAAAUUACAGCAGUGUUUUCUCUUAAAAUGUAGAUUGCAGUUAUUAUUCAAUAUUUUAAAAAGAAAUAAAUAACCAUGAACUUCAGUGAGCCCCACACAGAAGACCUGAAAGUGAGGAGGAAACCUGUUGGGAAGAGGAGCUUUGUCAGGAGGAGGGGGAAAGACAGGAGAUUUGGGGUGUAGGAGUAAUGUCUGAAGAGAUAACAAUGGACAAUUUCAAGUGAAUAUUGACCAGGUAUUGACUGUAUAAAGCCAGAAUAGUGGUGUCUUAAAAUAAUACAAAGGCAGAAGGAUAGAUGUAAAGAAAAAUGAGAGAAAGCAGGAAAAGUGUUACAAAUGAAAAAGGAGCUGGACUUGGUGGUACCCUUCUUCAAUAUCAACACUAAGGAGGCAGAAACAGGUGGAUUACUGAGUUUGAGGCCAGCCUGGUCCACAGAGAGAAGAGUACUAGACCAGCUAGGACUAUGUAGUGAGACCCUGACUCAAAAAAUUUGGUUUUCUAAGCCUGUUAGCUAAUAGUCUUACUCCUUUUCCUUGUGAUCAUUAAUUCAUGGACAUAUUUUGUCUUAUAAUUUGGGCCUUGGGAGGAGCCUUUUAAGAAUUUCUCUUUCUUUGAAAUACCUUUCUCUUCACACAACUAUAUUACAUAUUUCUUUAUUUUUACUGUUUUAGUAGGCCUUCCUUAAGGAUAUUUUAUGAGAAAAUUAAAUCUACUUUUAGAAAAAGUAAAGAGUUUUCUAUUUGAAUGUUGUGUUUCCUUCCUCCUCUUUAUCAUUUCUCCCUGGAAACUGUAUUUUUUGAGGUUCUCAUUCUAUUCUCCAUACAUGUUGACUUUACAUUUUUAUUUCCCCCUGCUGUGCCAGCAGAUUGUCUCUAUGUCCUCUCAACUUACCCCGAGUCUUUCACCCAACAAAGAUGUACAGAGAUCUAAAAGCUAUGCUUAUAAAUUGUUUCAAUGAUAAUUUAUUUCUAGCUUCAUUAUUUUUCACAAUUAAAGACCUCAUGUAAUUUUUAUAUUCGCUUUGGGAUUGAGUUCCCAUCUCUCAUUUCUGCCUUGGUUCCUUUAGAUACAAAGCACUGAGAUUACCACACCUUCAUGAUGGAGAAGUCAUAUAUACACACGCACCUACAUAAUCUACAUGUGCAAACAUAUCAGAUAAAUUACACCCUCAUCUAUUCCAUUUACUUUCCGGUUAUCACAGGUUUAGUGUGAGGAAUUACUAUCACUGGCCUAGGCUGUUCUCUCCUCUAGUUUGCUCAUUAGUUUCAGUGCAACGAGAGCAGAUACCUGAGAAAGUCACUUCUUUCCAAUGAUUUUUUUUAUAUACAGUCACUGCUGUGACUACCUUUCUUCUCCUCCCUGCCAUCUUUGCUCUCACUCUUGUUCUUUCUUGUUUUCUCAUCCCUCUAUUUCUAUCUCACUUGUACUAACGAUUUAGAGUCAAGGAGGACACUGCAUAAGAACUGUGUGCAUGUUGAAUGUGUGCAGGGUAUUUCAUAAAAGAGAAAAUGUGACUGUAUUGAGGUGAUGAAAUCAUGUGAACUAAUGGGUCAUGGCUCUCUUUGAUCAGGUUAUCAUGUUUUUCCACGCACAAUGCAUUUAUUUUUGCUUUUGUUAGUCUUUAAUAAACCAAACUGUCAAGAAGUUAUAAGGAAAAAAUAUUGUUGCAUUUGAUAAUUAACGUAAAAUGCCAUUUAAAAUUCAAAACUGAAGAAAAUAUAAAAUCUGAUCAAUCAUAUCUAUUAGAUAAAGGUAUUAUCAAGUCCAUUACACUUGUUGAAUUAUUACAUAUGAGAACUCACACAAAUGCAUAAACUUCUAAAAAUAGUCAACUUAUCACGAAUCAGCUGAGUACCAGCAACUCUGAAUGGAUUAUGACAUCCAAACUUCAAAAGGACACUGUAAGAAAGAAAUGACAAAACAAACUAUUUUUAAGGCAAUAAAAUUCAGAUAUGUGUAAGAGAAAAAUAAUGAAUUACUAUUUCUAAUGCAAUGCAGUUCAGUAUUUGAAAUAUGACCACUGUAAUGCACCACAGCCAUAGAUAAAGGAGAAACACAGUAACCUCAAUGGGUACAGAAAAUUUUAUGCAACAAAAUUCAUCACAUAUUAAUGGAUAAAAUGUUAGCAAGUGAAUGUGGAAAGGAAUUUUGAGUAUGUUCAAAAAUAUACAGUAGCCAGGUGUGGUGGCACAUGCUUUUAAUUUCAGUAGGCAGAGGCAGGUAGAUCUCUGUGAGUUCAAGAUCAAUCUGGCCUAUGCAAGAAGUUCCAGAACAGCGCAGGCUGCACAGUAGAACCCUAUCUCGGAAAAACUAAACAAAUACAUGUAUAGUAAAUAUCACUAAAAGUAAAUUAUUGAAAAUUUUCUGCUGGUAAUCAACAAUGGACAAGGAUGCUACUAAGUUUAUAUGACCAGUCUCAACCAGAGAAUAAGGCAAAGAAGAAUUAAAAGCCACAACAGAAGGAAUAAAAUUAUAUUUUUAAAUGAUGUAAUUAUAUACAUAAAAACCAUGAAGACACUGCAAUCAGAAGUGAUAAGUGAAGUCAGGAAUGGCAGUAGAUGCAAAGUCAACAACAUGUAUGAGUUCUCUUUAAAUGAAGAAGAAGUGAAAAAAUUUAAAAGCAUUUAAAAUGGCUUCCAAAUAUAUAAAUUCUUAGAAACAAAUCUAAUGAGAGAGUUGUAAAGCAGGAAUAUCAAACAUUAUUUAGAAAAAUGUAAAGAUUUAAAUAAAUUGAAGAGUGCACAAUAGUCUAAGGAAAGACUGUGGUUGGAAUGUUGUUUGUCUUUCAGUCAAUCAAUAGAAAUUGUAAAAUCUUAAGCAAAAUUUCAACAUUCUUUGUGAAUUUGAUGAGCUGGAUAUAUACUUUGUAUUCAUAUACAAAGGGAAAAAUAAUUAAGCAAAUAAAUCCAAAAUAAAACUGAAUAGACUAUAACAAUAGUAUAAUCCACGGAAGAGAAUUGAUGAUGCAGAUUUCAUUCAAAUUAAAGUCUCUGCUCUGCAAAAGAUUCUACAAAGAAAAAUUUAAAAAUGAAACAAAAAAACAAAAACAAACGAACAAAAACAAGUCAUAGACCAGGAGAAAAUGCUGCCAAUGGAUAUGUUUGAUAAAAGACAGCUGUCCAAAAUAUACAAAGGUUUUUCAAGACUCAACACUGAGAAAACAAUAUAGUGUAAAAAAUGAGCCAAAGAUCCUAAUACUUACCAAACAAGACUCAGAGAUGGUGAAUGAACACAUGGGAAGAGACCUCAUAUUGAUGUCAUUAGGCAAAUGCAAGUUCAAAUAACAAUGAGACACCACUACACCGACAUAGGGCAGAAUAGCCAGACUCCAGAUCACUGACACCACCACCAACUGAGGAGGACAUAAAGCACCAAGGAUCCUUACUCACAGACUGUAUAAAUUAAAAUGGUACUGACAUUUCAGAAGAUAGCUUGGCAGUUUCUUGCAAAGCCAAGCACAUUCUUAUUGCAUCACCCAGCAAUAUUUAUUUAUCAAAUUAGGAGGGGGGAGAACAAGGGAAUCCGUGGUUGAUAUGUAGAACUGAAUUGUAUUGCAAAAUAAAAAUAAAAAGAUUUAAAAAAAGAAUUCACUAAGCGUACUCUAGAGAAAAAAAAGAGCAUUGUAGUAGAAGAAGUCAAACAAAAAUAUGAACAAUAAAAGAUGUGACUAUAAAGAGAAAAAAAAUUAGCCUAAAAGUUAAGUCCACACAAAACCCAGGAUGGGGUAUUUAUUGCAACUUUUUACAAUGCUUGUCAAACCUGGCAGUGACCAAGAUCCUUCAGUAAAUGAAACUGAGAAAGUCUGAUGCAAUCACAAAGUGGAAUAUUAUUCAAUACCAAGUGAAAUGAGCUAUCAAUCCAUGAAGAGACAUUGAGAAAACUUAAACACAUAUUCAUCACAGAAGCAAAGCUGGAAAACUCUUAAUAUAUGACAUUUUGAAAAGAUCAAAGCAUGCAGACUGUAAAAAAGAUAAAUGAACCAGGUGGUGGUGACAUACACCUUUAACCCCAGCACUCAGGAGGCAGAGGCAGGUGGAUCUCUGAGUUCGAGGCCAGCCUGAUCUACAGAGUGAGUUCCAGGACAGCCACAGUUACGUAGAGAAACCCUGUCUUGAGAAACCAAAACAGAAAAAAAUAUAUAUGAUUUCUAGAGAUUCAGAAAAGAGGGAAGAAGAUUAAAUAAAUAGAUUUUGAAGAUUUGGGGUCAGGGGAUCUAUUUUGUGGUACUCUAAAAUGGAUGCAUGUCAUGAUGAAUUAACCCAAAUCUAAAGUGUAGAGUACAUAAAGGGAAUCUCAAUUAAAGUGAUGGACUCAGGAAAAAUAUGUGUUAACACUGAAGCUCAAGCAGUUAUAAGAAAUGUACCUCUCUGGAGGGGAUGACAGGGAGGAAGGUUGUGCCCAGAUGGGGAGAUUCUCAGUGUCUUUAAUAAUUUUAUUCUGUGGAUUUAAAAUUCCUUGAAACUCAUCUUUUCAGAGGAAAACUUACCCUGAAGACAAUAAAAUCUAUUAUGGAGUUAUGAGAAUUAAGAAAGCAUAGCAUUAUUAUUUGAUAUUCAAAGACAAAUGGAAUCUUUGAGCUGAUUCACGAUCAUCUGACUUAUGCCAAUUGUGACAACUCAGAAACAAUGAUCAUCUUUUCAGUUCAGAAUGCAAAGCCACCUGGGAAACUAUGGACCCAAAUCUUAUGUACUUGAAAGUUUACAUUGAUUAUACCUUUAAAUGUGAAAAAAUAAAACAAUCAUUCAAAAUACACAAGAAUUUCCAUGACCUUGAGAAUGGAAAGAUUUAAAUAGGAGAAAAGUUUUACUCAGAAAUGGAAAAUAUUGAUAGAUCAGGCUAAGGCAAAAUUACUAAAUUUGUUUCUCAAAGACACCAUAAGAAGGUUAAAAUAGAAAGCAUAGAAUGGGAAAAUUAUUUGCAAUAUGCCUAUGCAAAACUAAGAUUGUACUAAGAAUAUAAAUUCUUCUGCAGACCAACAAGCCAUCAGACAAAUUCUUCAGAUAGAAAAUGUCUAAAAGACCUCAUCUUGAGAAUGCAUCUGAAUGGUUAAUAAACAUGUGAAAGUUUGCAUCAUUUCAUUAAUCACUAGGGAAAUGCUAAUUACAUGUACACUAUGACAUCCAUACUCACUAGAGUAGUUAAAACUGGAAAGACAGCAUUAAAUGUUGACAAGAUUAUAGAGCAACUGGAUUUCCCAUGCAUUGCUGGAAUUACUCUUUCACAUUGCUGGAAAUGGAAUCCAAUCCACUGAGUGCACUAGGCAAGCAUUCUAUGAUUGAGCUGCAUCUCUAUCCCCAGCUUUUAAAGAAAUGUCUUUGAGACAGUGACUCACUAUAUAUCCCACACUGGCCUUGAGCUUGAGUGAUAACCCAUGUGUGUCCUCCCAGAGAUGAGUCUACAGGGGUGAGCCACCAAGGGCAGCUCGGUACAACUACUUUUGAAAACUACUUCACAGUGUUUGCCAAGUCUAGAUGUACUUUCACAUUUGGAUUACAACAAACAGCUCUGAUACAUAUGAUAUAGGCUGAUUUUAUGCAUAGGACUGUGAAACAUUGUUCAUAGGAGUAACAUUCAAAAUUCGAAGUGAUGGCAUAUGCAUCGAAUAUCAAUACUUGGGAGGCAGAGGCAGGCAGUUCUGUGAGUUCAAAUUCAGUCUGGUCUGUGUAGAGAGUUCCAAGACAACCUGGGCCAUGUAGAGAGAUUCUGUCUCAAAAAACAAACUCCCAAACCAAAACCAAACCAAACAAACAACGAGUAAACUGAAACCUAGAGACCUCCAGUGUCCCUUAUCUGGAGUAUAUGCAAACAAAUAAUAACGCAAGCAUAUGGCAGAAUGAUAAACAAUGAAAAGAGCAUAGCACAGAUCAGCUUACCAAAGAAAAUGACAGUGAUAAACAAGCCUACAACAGAGAGAUACUCUACUGUCACUACUUUACAAAAGUUCUAAGAAAGGCAAAAUAUUCUGUCAAUAAAUGUAAGUGUAGUGCCUAGGACGAGCGUAGCAACUAAUGAAUGGCAGGGGGAACAUUAUUUAUUUAGAUAUGAACUAUUUAUUCAUCUAGAUUCUGAUUACUAAACUAUACUAACUUGGUGAUUUUUUUUUGUUAUGUACACCUAAUAAUAGUGCCUGUUUUUAUAUGUUUAUAACAUUUCAAUGAAAAGUAAUUUGGGAAUAUUCAAAUAUUUUGCAGAUAUUCAUUACGUUGAAUUUAUGUAUUCAAAAUGUCUUUUGAUCAAUAUACCAUUUCGAUCAUAUAAAAAGUCAUGUUCACUGAAAAUUAACAAAGCGAAUGUGUUAGACCUUCUGGUUGCUAAGAACUGAAGAUGCAAUGGAGGACACUUCUGUGUCUUAAAGGGUGUUUAAACACAGCGGGGCUGGAGCUGAGAAUGAAGACAACACUGCGUGCAACACUAGAAAAGUUCGCACGGUGGCGCUGCAGACUAACAAUUCGUAUAACAAGGGGCUCCCAGGAUGCCCAGGACGCCAUUCCCAGAAAUCAGAAUGCUGAAUGUUCUCUAACCAAGAGGGCAAGGGGCAUUUGCCUGAGAUCUAUGGAAAAAGACUCUUGAAAGCAAUUCAGUAAGAUUUAAUUUGAGAUUAUUUCACCGAACCUUGUCUGUGUGGACUGAAACCGACAAGAUUUAGAAGAAGCAGCGCCCUCCUGACUGCAUCUGAACAAUGGAGACAGCUGUAGCAAAAACGCCAGAGAAAAGGCAAGUCGUUUUUCUUACUAUAUUGCUGCUUUUGUGGGAGGCUGAUUCUGAGGCGAUUAGAUAUUCCAUGCCAGAAGAAACGGAGAGUGGCUACUUGGUGGCUAACCUGGCAAAAGAUCUGGGGCUCAGAGUGGGGGAACUGGCCACCAGAGGGGCCCAAAUCCAACACAAUGGGAACAAAGAGCACUUGCAGCUGGAUGCAGAGACCGGGAAUUUGCUCCUGAGGGAAAAACCAGAUCGCGAGGAGCUGUGUGGGGUGACAGAUCCUUGUGUGCUGCAUUUCCAGCUCAUUCUGAAAAACCCUGUGCAGUUCUUCCAAACUGACCUGCAGAUCACAGACAUAAACGAUCAUGCUCCAGAGUUCCCUCACAGGGAAAUGCUCCUAAAAAUUCAAGAAAGUGCCCAGCCAGGAGCUGUGUUUCCUCUGAAGGCAGCUCAGGACUCUGACAUAAGGAGCAAUGCUGUUCAGAACUACACAGUCAGCCCCAACCCCCAUUUCCAUGUGGUUACUCAGAGUCGUGCUGAUGGCAGCAAAUACCCAGAGCUGGUGUUGGACAGAGCCCUGGACAGGGAGGAGGAGCCUGAGCUCACUUUAACCCUCACUGCUGUGGAUGGUGGGUCUCCUCCCAGGUCUGGGACCACCACAGUUCGCAUUGAAGUCGUGGACAUCAAUGAUAACGCCCCCCAGUUUGUACAGUCGCUCUAUGAGGUUCAGAUCCCUGAGAACAGCCCCCUUGAUACCGUAGUUUUGACGGUCUCUGCCAGGGAUUUAGAUGCUGGAAUAAACGGGAAUGUAGCCUACUCUCUGUUUCAAGGCGAUGAAAUUCAACAAAUUUUUUCAAUAAAUGAAGUCACAGGAGAAAUACAACUGAAAAAGGAAUUGGAUUUUGAAGAGAUUAAAUCUUACCACUUGGAAAUCGAGGCCACAGAUGGAGGAGGUCUUUCUGGGAAGGGAGAGGUGGUGAUAGAGGUGGUGGAUGUGAACGACAAUGCCCCAGAGCUGACCAUAUCUUCACUGACCAGCUCAGUCCCAGAAAAUGCUCCUGAGACCAUAAUCAGCAUCUUCAGAGUAGGAGACAGGGAUUCUGGAGAGAAUGGAAAGGUGGUUUGUUCUAUUCCAGAACACCUGCCAUUCAUCCUAAAAUCCACUUUCAAGAAUUUCUACACCCUGGUGACAGAGAGUCCACUGGACAGAGAGAGCAGAGCUGAGUACAACAUCACCAUCACAGUCACCGACAUGGGCACACCCAGGCUCACAACACAGCACACCAUAACAGUGCAGGUGUCUGACGUCAAUGACAAUGCCCCCACCUUCACACAAACCUCCUACACCCUGUUUGUCCAGGAGAACAACAGCCCCGCCCUGCACAUAGGCACCAUCAGCGCCACAGACUCAGACUCAGGCUCCAAUGCCUACAUCACCUACUCUCUGCUGCCCACCCACGACCUGCAGCUGGCUCUCUCCUCGCUCAUCUCCAUCAACGCUGACAACGGACAGAUUUUCGCUCUCAGGGCGCUGGACUACGAAGCCCUGCAAACCUUCGAGUUCCAAGUGGGCGCCACAGACCAAGGCUCUCCUGCGCUCAGCAGCCAGGCGCUGGUGCGAGUGCUGGUGCUGGACGCCAACGACAAUGCGCCCUUCGUGCUCUACCCGCUGCAGAACGCCUCUGCACCCUGCACAGAGCUGCUGCCCAGGGCGGCAGAGCCAGGAUACCUGGUCACCAAGGUGGUGGCAGUGGACCGUGACUCUGGACAGAAUGCCUGGCUGUCCUUCCAGCUGCUCAAGGCCACAGAGCCCGGGCUGUUCAGCGUGUGGGCUCACAAUGGCGAGGUGCGCACCUCCAGGCUGCUGAGUGAGCGAGAUGCUCCCAAGCACAGGCUGCUGCUGCUGGUCAAGGACAAUGGAGAUCCUCCAAGGUCGGCCAGUGUCACUCUGCAUGUGCUGCUGGUGGAUGGCUUCUCUCAGCCCUACCUGCCUCUGCCAGAGGUGGCGCGCGACCCCGCCCAGGAUGAGGAUGUGCUCACGUUGUACCUGGUCAUUGCCUUGGCUUCUGUAUCUUCCAUCUUCCUCUUGUCUGUGCUGCUGUUUGUGGGGGUGAGGCUGUGCAGGAGGGCCAGGGCGGCCUCUCUGGGUGGCUGCUCUGUACCUGAGGGACACUUUCCUGGUCACCUGGUGGAUGUCAACAGCACUGGGACCCUUUCCCAGAGCUACCAGUAUGAGGUGUGCCUGAGGGGAGACUCUGGGACUGGUGAGUUCAAUUUCCUCAAACCCAUGAUCCCCAACUUGUUGCUACAGGAAACUGGGAGGGAAAUUAGGGAAAGUCCACAUUGCAGGGACAGCUUUGUAUUUAGUUAAGUAUUCAAAGUGGUUCAAUGAAUCUAAGAAUUGUCAUAAUGACUCAUAUAAAUAAGUGUGAAGGUAACUACCUUUUUAAAAGCACUGCACGUGUGCACAGGUCUCACAGCUCUCAUUUUUCCUACUGAUAGGAAGCAUCUCAUUAUACCUAGGUUUAGUAAGUGUUUUCCUCAUAUUUUGAUGUCUUUGGAGACUAAUAUUCUCAUAACUACAAAUAACUCAUAUAGCAUAAGAUUUGUUUAAUUAUUUUCUUCUUUAAAGCCAAUAAGAGAAUUUGAAUUUCUGUAUAAUUGUGUUGCCUGUUUCUGCCAUAUACCUUUUUCUUUUUAAGUUUUGAAUGCAUAGCUUUUUUUGUUUGUUUGCUUUUUUUGAGACAGGGUUUCUCUGUGUAGCUAUGGAGCCUGUCCUGGAUCUCACUCUGUAGACCAGGCUGGCCUUGAAUUCACAGAGAUCCACCUGGCUCUGCUUCCCGAGUGCUGGGAUUGAAGGCAUGCGCCAGAAUGCAUAGCUUUUUAUUUGGCCUUAGCAUGCUUGUUUCUGUCAAAUUCAUGUCAAGACAGCCUUCAUUAUAACAUUAGUAUGCUCAAGUAAGACAUUCGUGGGCAUCAUAAAUGUUAGUGCUUGUUUUACUUAUGUGACUGCAAGUGUUCCAAAUAUAGCAAAGUUAAAAUUUUCCAUUGUUGUUUAAUGAAAAUUAAAGAGGAAAUGUCCUAUAAUUUGUUUUUCCUUUCAUCAAAUAAAAUUGUUAAUCUGUUGCUAAGCAUAAUCUUUUUAAAAAGAGACAUCCAAUCUGAAGUCUGUCCUGACUUCCUUCAAAGCAUUCCAAGCUGAAGAAGCAUCAAAUUUCUCCUUUCCUCCUCAAAGCUGAAGCGUAAGAUUGUUUCCUGCAGCUUGUCCCACCUUCCAUUUGAAGAAAUUUCUUCUGGAUUCUAACAGUCUAGUUCUUGUUAUCGUGACUUCACGUUUUUUUGCUUUAUGCCAUUUGGUAGCUAUGGAUUUUUUUUAAACCAACAGUAGAAUUUUGCUAUUUCCCUUUCUUCUCUGAUGCAUAGUGUGAUUUCAGUUAUUUUUAUCUUAAAUUUUCAAUCAAAUGAAGGUACCUUUAUAGAAGAUAAGUAUUGUUUUGUUCAUGAUUAAACAACAGUGCACUUAUUGAAUUAUAA